AUGGAUAAAGUGGUGAAUUCUAUGUUUGGGGCAUUUAGCACAAUAAAAAAAAAAGCAGUCGCUACUCAGACUCUCCAACACAGCACUCGGCUAGAACGCCGGAUAGUCGGCUCAUCCAAUCGGUGGCGUUUCCCCAAAGAUGCCUUCCCCCAGGACCUGCUGGCCCUCUCCCAGGUGUGCAAGGCUAUGAACAUAGACUUUGAUGAUGCACUGAAGGACCCAGACAGGUUAUGCCUUUCAAAGAUUCAGAAAAAUGUCUCCGAGAAUUUGAAGAACGUGGCCAUCCAAAGCAGGGACACAGUGGUGAUUCUCAAAUGUCUGGGCUCUGAAUGGGAGCUCCAUCUACCUCAACUUCUUCAGUCCGGGACCUUGACCAAGCUUUACCUGCUGGCGCUGGGAGGGGGCACCACAAGCCCCAUGAAGGAACUGGAGAAUCUUCUGCAAGCGCCAGCACCGAGGAAGGUCCAAGAGAAAACCGCCAUCAACAAGAUGGUCAUUUCCUUGAAGAUCACUGACCCCAUGGUCACCAAAGUUGCCUUCGCAAUGGCCCUGAAGAACCUCUACUCGAGCCAAGCGGAGAUGAACUUGGACGACGCGCCGGGAGUGCUGGCUUCUGCUCACACUCUCCAGUUCAGCAGCCUGUUUCAAAGGUGUGUGACCGUGAUGAUGGCCGGAAUCACACCAAACAACAUCAGUAACUUCUACCUGGCCAGCUGCAAGUACAAGGCAGAGCAGCUCACCACCGCCUGCGAGAAGUGGCUGGACAUGAACUUGGUCCCUCUGAUGGGGACGCAGAUCAGCCUCCGGAAAAUCCCAAAGGAGCUACUCCACAAAGUGCUGAAAUCCCCCAGGUUGUUUACUUUUAGCGAGUUUCACCUUGUGAAAACACUACUUUUGUGGGUCUACUUGCAACUAAACCACAGAAUUCAGACAAUUCCGAUAUAUGAAACCAUGAUGGCAUUUUUUCACAGCUUCCCCAAGAAGUGUUCCUUUCUGGACCGAAAUGCAGGACAUAGCUUGAUGUCACUUUCCCUUUGCCUGCGUCUCCACGCCAUCACCAAAGGCAAGAACCUGGAGGACUUAUGGCACAUGAACUUCUUCCCCGACUCCUGGCUGGUCCAGGUUAUGGCUAACCAUUACCACGCGCUGGAGAGUGGGGGCGACAUGGUCCACGUGACAGAUCUCACCACCCAGGCGAUGAGAUUUGGGCUGCUCUUUGCCCAGGAAUAUACAACUCAUUCAAAAGUGAUUGCUGUAUAUGGAUUCUUCUUUGAGAUAAAAGGAAUAAAAAAUGAUACUACCUCUUAUAGUUUCUACAUGCAGAGAAAAAGGCACACAGACGUGGAAUUCCCCUCCUCGCUGUGCGAGCAUGGCAUUGUUAGCCUGAGACCAGAACGCCUGGUCAAGUACAAGAUCUCAGCCCAGACCCUGGUGGAUGGCAAGUGGCAGGAGUUCCGGACAAACGAAGUCACACAGAAGUUUCGAUGCAUUAAGCCAUCCUGCAAAAGCCAGGUUUUGAAAAUCCAAACUGUGGGAAUCCCGAUCUAUGUAAGUUUUUCAUUCAUCUUCCCAAGAUCUUGACAAUUUCCAGAAGGAUCUAUGGAAUGUUUUUUCUUCCACCAGUCUGCAUGAAAGAAAAUAAAAUGGCAUUAAAGGGAUUACUCAAGUAUUCAGCGGACUUUCCUAGUUAGCAGUGGUCUCCUUACAGCUUUUGCCCACUGUCUUCGUCCGUUUGGGACUGAGCUACUGGGUAGCAUACGAACAACGGAAAUCUCUAAUUUAUAAUUCUGGAGGCUGGAAGUCCAAGAUCAAGGUGUCAGCAGACCCCGUGUGGUGUCUGAUGAAGGCCCACUGCUGGGUUUAUAGAUGGCCGUCUUCUUGCUGUGUCCUCACAUGGCAGGACAGGUGGGGCAGCUCUCUGAGGCUUCUUUUACAAGGGCACUAAUCCCAUCUGUGAGGGCUCCACCCUCAGGAUCGAAUUACCUCCCAAAGGCCCAGCCCUGACUACCAUCAUCUUUGGGAGUUAGCAUUCAGCAUCUGCAUUCUGGGGGGCCACAUUCUGACCAGAGCCCCCACAUUUGUGUCAUUUGAGGAUGGAAAGCACCAGAGCUCUGAGUCCAUUUGCGGUCCCCCAAAGCCCCUGAGUCCAGCCCUAACUUGUCACACUCUUGGGGGCUCUUUGAUGGGAGCAGCAGUAACAACACCCUCCAAGUAGGAGCAUGAGGGCUCCCCUUUCACAUGUCUCUGCCUGCUCAGGACAACACACCUGGGUAUUGUCCCUGGCAGUUUGGGCUCAGCCAGAACAAGAAGUAGGAAGGGAAGGAAGCAAUUAGAAGUUUCAGACUGACUUACCUUAUUUACCAUUCCGUCUUUUUAAAUGGAACCCUGUGGUUUGGAAAAAGUAAGUUGAGAGAGUCUUUCUUUCCACCUUGUGGAGUUUUCCGUUGUAGUGUAACAAAGGACCACCAUUUAGUGGCUUAAAGGGGCACAUAUAACACGUAAUUGUUGUGGGUCAAGGGUGUUCUGCUCACGGUCUCACACGCCUACAAUCCAGUGGCAGCCAAGCUCUGUUCUUAUCUGAAAACAUGGCUGGGAAAACCCACAUCUCAGUUCAUGAGAUUGGUGACAGAUUUCUUUCCUUGCAGCUGUAUGACUGAGGGCCCAGCUGCUUAAUGGCUGUUGGGAGAAGCUGCCCAGGUCCUAGGGGCCCCCUUCAGUUAGUUCCCUGCUACAUGGCUCUCUCUAUAGCCAUUUCAGAGCAUCGCUGUUUACCCUUAAGGCCAUCAGGAGUCUCUCUCACUCUGGUCUGCUAAGACAGAGUCUUGUUUAACGUAAGGUAAUCUUGGAAGUGACAUCCCAUCACCUUGGCCGUAUUUCUCUGGGCUAGAAGUAAGUCACGUGUUCCCUCCACACUCCAGGGGAGGGAAGUGUACAAGGGGUCACCUGAGGAUGUGCCCACCACAGUGUGCUACUCAUGUCGUUGGAAAAGUGAUGGGGCAUCGCUCUUCCCAGCAGAGAACCGAUGCCCUGCGCAGAGUGACCUGGGAGGGAGAAAGACUGGUGAGAGGGCAAAGGAAGAAUCAAAGCAAAGGAACUGGAUGCUGGGUCUGUUCUCAGGUGCAUCCCUGCCCCUUCCUGCAAGCCGUGUGCCAUCUCCCUCACCAGCUUGCUCCUGGCCACGUCCAGCCAAUGGGAAGUGGUGAUGGGUACUUGGAGGGCAGGAGACCAGGAGAAGCAGGGGGUUCUCACCCUCUUGGCCACGAGGGCAUUUCCAGCAGGGGCUGAGCUGUGUCUCCUUUAUGGCUCUAGCUCACUCUGCCACCCCAGCUCCUGCCCCACAGCCUCCUGCCACAGUUCCAGUGCCCAUCAAAUGGGUCUGCUGCUGAUUCUGGAGACACCACCUUAUCCCUGUGUCCCUGUCACCCCAGGGCUGGGGGGUGAACACUUCCUUUUACUCCUCUGGGUUGCCUUUUUCUCCCCUGUUGGCCUUCUUGGUACUUCCUUCAUCUGUGUAAUUAGUUCUCUGUAUUCUAUUUAUUCUGUUUGAAAUCUCUAGAGUGGUUUCUGCUUUCCAGAGAAGUCCCUGAUAUAGAGGGUUUUGAUGAGUUGGAAGAUGUGGCCUAGUGGGGUAGAUCGUUCAAAACCAUGGCCUCAGUAAUUCCAUCCCCACAGGGCCGGGACCAGGGUGUGGCAAGUGAGGCCCUCACCUCGGGUCAAAAUACUCAGUAAUCCAGAGAAAUAGGACUGUGAUGCAAUAUUUUUAAAAAUCAAAAUCAGUGCAAAAACUCUAUAAUGGAGCUCAGUGAAUUCCUUUAAGAUGAACAUACCCAUAUAACCGGGACUCAGAGCAAAGCCAGAAACAACAGGGUCUGCACCUUAGACACCUCGCUUUGUACCCCGUCAAAGGCAAACGCUAUCCCAACUUCCACCACCCUUAAUUAGAUUGGCCAUUUGGUUUGAAUAUUUAAUAAGCAGAAGCACACGGCGUACACUCUUUUAUGCCUGUUAUUCUUUUGUUCUACACCGUGGUAACGUCCAUGUUCUACAUCAUUUGUUCUACGUCCAUGUUUGCAUAGGGAGCUGCAGUUUAUUUUCAAA